AUGUUUAAUCCUGAAAUUGAAAAUGAUGGAGAAAAAAAUAAUACAAAAGUAAAAAUUCAGGCGUAUCCUAUAAUAAUUUGUUAUAAUACUUAAACAAAAUUACCAAUUGAAUUAAACUAAGUCUAAUAUACUGUUAAUAUUUAACCUGGUUUAGCAGUUGUGCAUAUUGAUCAAAUUUAUUCAACUGAGAAAAACACAGAUCAAUGCGAAUUAGAAUAUUUAUUUACAAUAGAUCAAAACUGUGCUGUAACUAAAAUGAUUGUAGAACUUGGAGAUUAGAAGGUUUAUGGAGUAAUAAAAGAAUUAGAGGAAGCAAAAAUAGAAUAUCAAAAGGGAAUAAAUGAAGGAAAGACAAUGGUUAUAAGCGAAGAGGAUUCAAAAAUAUCUAAUAUUAAAAAAGUAAAAAUUGGUUGUUUAAGCCCUGGUAAAUCUUUAAAAAUUCAAUUUGAAUACAUUAGACCUUUAUAGGUUUAUCUGAAUCAAUUCUGGAAAUUAGAGUUAUCCCCAAUGAUAGAUCUAAGCUAUUUAACAGUUAACGAAUUACAGAAUACUUCUCAAAAUUAUGCCUAAAAAUACUCUUUUAUGAAAAAGUAUGUUAACUUAGAAGCUAUCAAUUUAAAUUACAAGUAAAGUAUUACUGUGAAUAUUAACAUUGAUAAACCAAUUACGUAUGCUAAGUCUCCAACUCACUCAAUAUUGUUAAAUUCUGAUAUCAAUAGAAAAGAGAAAUAAAUUGAUUUAUCAACCCCAAUUAACUAAUUGACUGUUACCCUAGAUAAAAAGGAUCCUUAAAAUAUGGCACCAAAUAAAAAGUUCGAAUUAUUAUUUUCAUCUAACCAAAUUAAUACCCCAUUUUCAAUGUUAAGUCAUACAAACAAUGACGCUUUACAACAUAUUAGAUACUGUGCUACUUUGACCCUUAUUCCAAAAUUUAAUGAAUUUCCAAUAGAUGACGCUUAUCAAUCAUACUUAAAUGGUUUAAACUUACCUUAGUAGUCAAAAAUCUAAAAGGGUAGUUAUAUUUUUUUAAUUGAUCGUAGUGGUUCUAUGGAUGGAAUAAGAAUUCAAAAAGCUAAGCAAUCUCUGAUACUAUUUUUGAAAAGCCUCCCAGAAGAUUGUUUGUUUAAUAUAAUUUCAUUUGGUAGUGAAGUUAUAAAAAUGUUUGAUAUUCCACAAGCAUAUAAUUCACAAACAUUAUAAUAAGCAAUAAAGUAAGUUCAAGAAAUGAAUGCAGAUUUGGGUGGAACUGAUAUCUUUUAGGCAAUGGUCUAAGGCAUUUAUGAUGACAAUUAUUAAAAAAUCAAAGAUUGCCCCUAAACCCUGAAUGCAUUUUUACUGACAGAUGGAGAGGAUUCUCCAAAUAGGAUCAUUUAAUUAGUAUCAUAAAACCAGAGGCCUGAAACUCGUAUUUAUACAUUAGGUAUUGGGAAUAAUUGUAGUGAGUAUUUAGUAUAAAGUUUAGCUGAAGUUGGAAAUGGGAAAUGUUAAUUAGUAGGAGAUAAUGAGGAUAUUAAUUCUAAAGUAAUUGAUUUAUUAGAAGAUUCUCUAACUUAUUAUUUAAAGGCAUUUUCAUUAGUACAUAAUAUUGAAAUGGUUUCACAAAUUAUCCCUGAUCCAAAAUCAAUAACUUAAUUAAAGAAAAAUUAAGAAUUAACUUUACAAAUAUUAUUUUCAAAGAAUAAAUAGGAAAAUUUAGAAUUCAAGAUAAACUGCUAUGAUCCACAAAUGAAAAAGUAAAUCUCCUAUGAAGUUAAAAUGAAUCUGAAAAGUUCGAAAGAGAAUGAAUAUUUCCACAAAAUAGCUGCUCACAGAUUGAUAAGGUAUUAUGAAAAAUCAAUUUACCUAUAAGUUAAACAAAUGGAUAUGGUGAUGAUUAAUUAAAAAGUCCUCAAAGAUUUGGAUAUCAUAAAUUUGUCAUUACAGAAUUAAAUAUUAUGUUCCAAAACAGCAUUUAUCUGCGAAGUCUGUUAGGAUGAAAAAAAUCUUUAAGAGCUUAUCAAGAAAAAGCUUGUGAUUAACAAAAUACAAUAUGACGACAUAUAUGAUGAACUUGAAGAAUCUGAGAAUUGCGAGUAUGCAGAUGACGAUGAUGAUGAUGAUGACCAGGGUAAUGGCUUUGGUUUUAAUCAGGAUGUGUAAUGUUGUAUAAUAUAAAAUUAUGAGAUGGUGCAAUAAAAAUAUGAUAUGGCUGGGAGCGAUGAGGAAAGCUAUUCUUAAUAAGAAUAAAUGAAUAAGGUAAUUUGCUCAAAUAAAGGAAAACACUAGGAUUAGUAGAUGUUAUCAUAUAUUGAAUUAAUUGACUACAUACAAGCAGAUGGUAGUUUCCUUUUAGAAAUUCAUAUUGAAGAAUAAUUAAAAUUAAGCAAAAUAGAUAAUAAAUAUCAUUUAGAGGAUCUUUGUUGGCCAACCGUAGUUUCUCUUUUUUAUUUAGAGUUAUUUUGCCAGGCUUUUAAGAGCUCUUGGUAAUUAAUUUAUAAUAAAGCCAUAAAUUACUUAUAAAGUAAAGGCGUUAAUUAUUUUUAGAUAAAAACAGAAUGCAUUUCAGAUUAUGGAAAUCUUUUUAAGAUUUGA